GACAUAUUGGCCUGUGUUUGAUUAGGUGGCACUCCGUUUCACUACGCUUCGCCGGCGUUUUCAUUGCAAAGCGGCUUGCUUUUCCGGCCCCACUGUCCCUCUCUCGAUCACAUCACCAACUCAGAAUCACAGCGACCCAUUUCACCAGAUCAUAUCCACCUCCGACCCAAUUGAACAGUCGCUCGAUUCUACUCGAUCUCGCCGUCAAUUUUCCUCCCCUUUCCUUCUCACUCUGUACCAAUUGGAUACCGCAGCCACCGGCGGAAAGAGCGGGAGAGAAAGAGAUGAAUUUGGAUGGAUUGGAGAGUCUGGCAAUUCACGAGAUUCUGUCGAAGUUGGGUCCGGCGGACACCGCGUCGGUGGCGUGCGUGAGCAAGAAGUUCAAGGACGUGGCUGCCGACGACUCUCUCUGGUCAAAAUUCUGCGCCGACGAGCUACAAAUUUCCUCCCCUCAGGACCCUUCCGGCACUCCUACCUCCACUUUCAAGGAAGCCUAUCAAAUAUGGCGUGAAACUUUUGCUAUGUAUCCUUGGUCUCUUGUUAGACGAGUUAAAAGAUGUUGGGACAAACUUAAAAGCUGGUUGUCAGUUAAUUUCCCUGAGGCCUUGGCUACACUACGUAACGGUGCAACUGAGGACCAAAUAAAGGAAUUGGAAGAUUGUUUGAGAGUAAAGCUUCCUCUUCCUACAAGGAUUUUGUACCGGUUCUGCGAUGGUCAGGCAGUAAAUUGUGAAGAAUUUGGUGAAAGUAUGCCAGGAAGUCCCUUUGGCCUUAUUGGUGGCUACUCUUUUUAUGACCACGUAGUGAAUGUGUAUUUGUUACCUUUACGUGAAGUAAUCAAUGAAACAAGGGAUGUCAUAGACCAACUUGGAUUUAGUAGCAGAUCCAAGAUUAUUGUUGUGGCAGCUUCUUCCACAUACAGGGGCAAAAUUUUCUUCCUUGAUUGUGCCAAUGGUCGACUAUAUGUUGGUACUCGGAAUCUUACAGUGGGCAGGGAAAUGAUGCCUUGUGUGCCUAAUUCAUUUAUAAAUUUGUCUAAAAGAGGCAAUCAACAACAGGAUGGCAUGCUACUAUGGCUAGAAGAACAUGGUCGCCGCUUGCAUGAUGGCAUUAUUAAAGUUCGUGAAGAAGGAGGAGUUAGAAGCAUCAAUCUAUUUCCAGAGGAAGCUCCUAAUUGCACUACUGCUGUAACAAACGGUGUUAAGGUUCGUGCUUCUGCUGUGUUCGUUCCGGAGCAUAGUUCUUUUCAACGUGUAGCUGGAGAGUAUUUGUUUGCUUAUUCAAUUCGCAUGUCCCUUCUGCCGGGAGGAUGCAUUAUUAAUGGAUUGUCCUUUACCUCUUGCCAACUGUACCGGAGACAGUGGACUAUCCGUGCCAAUGAUACCAUUAUUUCUGAAGCAAAUGGAGAAGCAGUAAUAGGAAAGUUCCCCCUCUUACGUCCGGGUGAGGGAGAAUUUGUCUAUGAGAGUUGCACCUUUUCACCAUCCCCUUCAGGCUCCAUUGAAGGGUCCUUCACUUUUGUCCCUGGCAGCUUGGCAGAUCCAAUGGGCGAGUCUUUUGGUGUUGCAGUAGCUCAUUUUCCCCUCCAGUUACCAGACUACAUAUACUAAUCCGAUGCUGACUGUUCUGCAAUAUCUAUUUAGUCAAAAUUAGAGUAUCAUCAGCUGGUUGAAUGUUUGGUUGCUCUGUGUUUAUUUUGCAUCCUACGUUGUCUUCCCUACAUGCAAUGGCUAUGUAACUUCUUAUAAUCUUACCUGAAGGGAGCUUGUGAUGUGCCAAGAUUAGUGAUUUCUCAAGGCUGACUAAACUUGCCUUUGACAUGAAAUGCAUAUUUUGAUAUGGAA